UGUUGGUAUUCGAUAGCUGGUCCAUCCAACACGGGACAUGUCGGAGUUUGUUCCGUUCUCAGGUGUUCCCUUUUCUAUGUCUGCGGAUGGCAAGCCGACGCGUCGUCGAGCCUCUUGUUCGCAACCGGCUGCACAGGAGCCUGCGCCGACUCCAGACCUGGGCUCUGUCAUCCACGUGGAUGACGACACGCCACCGCCUGCAGGAGAGUCGAUUCAGGAGUCAUUCGACGAGAAUAUCAAGACCCUGACCAACGUCGGGACCAUCGUGUCCUGCUGGGACAUCGCUCCGACGAAGUACAACUCCGAGCUGCUGGAGGACAUCGACAACUUGAAGCUGAAGAUCGCAGAGACCCAGAGCAUGUGCGUCGGGGUCCCGCUCACGCGCGUCUUGGCCGCUGCUCUGCAGGAGAAGGUGGCCAAUAUCACCAAGGAGUACUCGGAGAUGCGGACGAUCAUCAAGAACUACACCGACCCUGCGAAUGCUAAGGGCAUCAAGCGCUUCGCGAGUGACCCUGUCUCGCCCCCGAAGUCGAAAGAUGCGAAGCAGGACGUCCCUGAGACGCAGGACGACUCGCCUGUCGAGGACUCGAAGCUCCCUGACACGCUCCCUGACACGCUGCCGCCGUGGUAGGUGUUGUUGCCUGUUUUAGGCAUUGAU